AUGACGGCCUUCCCCGGCAAAACCCGGAUGACACUGGGCCAAUUGUGCGCUGCCAUAUGGGACACCCAAUCACAGCCGGAUGUGAUGCAGCCUAGAAUUACACUGCCCCUCUGUGGCAAUGAGAAUGCCGGGAAGAAGUACGUUCAACAGGAGGAGAAGCCUGUCUGUGUCCGAUGCCAUGACCGGUUCUGUGCCAACACCUGCACUGAGUACCGCCACCCUAUUGGCAUCGACUCCAAGGAGCUGCAACAUAAGGGCCCUUAUUGGCACGCAGACUGCUUUCGCUGCUACAAGUCGCUAGCCAAGGAGUCUUUCAGUGCUAAGGAGGACGGCAUCAUAUGUGGGAAGUGUAGCUCCCGAGAGGAUGCCCCUCGUUGUCACACCUGCUACAAAUCCAUUCUAGCCGGCUCCGAGAAUGUGGAGUAUAAAGGCGACGUGUGGCACGAGGACUGCUUCACCUGUUUCCACUCUCCUGUCAAAGGCCACUGGCCCGGGACUCGCUUUACCUCCCAUGAGGAGAAGGCUUUCUGUGUGAACUGCUACAAGACUACUGUAGCCAAGAAAGGCAGCGGCUGCCAGAACCCCAUUACAGGUUUCGGCAAAGCCACCAAUGUGGUGAAUUACGAGGGCAGCUCCUGGCAUGAGUACUGCUUCAACUGCAAGAAGUGUUCCCUGAGCGUGGCUAGCAAGUGCAUUGUGGCCAACUCAAGGGACAUCUUCUGCUCAGAAUGUGCCAAGAAGCUCUGA